AUGGUGAAAACAGCGGCGAAAAGCUAUCUGCUCGGCAUGGAGCUUCUGCAGUGGCUGGCUGCUAUGGAGCAUCGUGAUGGCUGGGCUUCAAAGAUGAAAGCCACCAAAAGCCUGCAACCGGACAAGCUGCAGAAGUGGAUCCGAUCGCCUUCGGACGAUCUUCGGUUGAUGGAAGCACUGCUGGCUGCGUACCGCUCGCAAGUCGAUGUCCGUCCCGAGGGCAAGUCCCGGGGUCUUUCCGACAGCGACGGGAGCGAGCAGGCGGUGGCCAAGAGCACUUCGUCUCCUAGGAGCGACAGCGACGACAGCGAUGACCGCCGGGGCGAGAAGCGCAAGAAGAAGGCCAAGAAAGACAGCGAUUCUAGCAAGGACAAGAAAAGCAAGAAGAAAGAAAAGGAGCGGCGAGGCAAGAAAGGCAAGAAGGAGGACCACCCCAAGAAGAAGAAGAAAGCUGGCAAGGACAAGAAGUCGCACAAGACCUCCAGCAGCUCCGGCAAAACUUCGAAGGCUGAGGACAAGAAGCCCAGCCCUGAGGACGACUUGACGCUCAAGAUCCGGCGAGUGACUGGUCUCACUGCGGAAGGCCGUAUUGCCGUCAAGGACACCGACCUCUACGAUGAGAUCCAAUUCGAUAGUGCAGAAGCCACCCUGACGGAUGUGUUGGUGCAAUUCUUCGAAGCCCAGAGCAGCAAGGAGGAGUUCGACAACUGGAGUGUCAAGGCCCUGAUCCAGGGCAAGUGCGUGGAGAUCUCCGCCCCUACCACACCCGCCACUCUGUGCAAAGAGGCUUUACGCUCCACGAGCGAAGAAGCCUACGAGAAGGCCAUGGCACGCUUGCUGGAGACGAAGUCUGCGGCCGCGGUCCUGAAGAUACGACGGGUGAGCGGCAUCUCCGCCGCCGGGAAAGUCUUAGUCAAGGAUACGGAUCUCUGUGACGAGGUCGAGGUCGACGAUACGGAUACCUUGCUCAUUGAGGUCCUGCGAGGUUUCUUCCGGACUCAAAGUGCAGAAGAAGACCUCAGCAACUGGAAAAUCAAGGCUUUGGUGUCGGGCAAAUGCAUUGACGUGAAUGCGGAAACCACGCCUGCGAUGCUCUGCUCGGACGUGGUGCUCUGCAAGAAGGGCGGCUGA